AUGGCUUCAACUUGGAUCUGCUUUGGGCUCGCGUUGCUUCUGUGCCUGUGCAUUUGCGCCUGGGCAGCGCCACCCGCGGAUGAUUCGCGCCAGUUUGAUGAGCUGGAGCGCACACUCAAGGAACUGGCUACCUCGCUGCUGGCUAUAAAUGGGAAUGUUGCUAGCGGUGGGACUUUUCCCACAGCGGAGGGCAGCUCAGGGGAUAUGGAGGCGAAUUUAUUGGGCAGCGAGGCUGCGACUGCUUUGGAGUAUCUGAACGAGCUUCCUCUAUGAAACACGAGGUAAUUGGAUUCAGUUCUCGGAUUUGCUAAGCUACGUUUAGCAAUUCUGCAGUGUCUAAGAUUAAAAAACAAGAU